UCUUGCUACUUGGCUUUGGCCUGUCUGGGACCCUCCUCACGGACAUCCACCCGAGUGGACCCCCCCGUAAGGAACCCUGGUGACUGGUGGUCCUAGCACCUCGCUUUGGGUGGCCUUCUCGGCUAACCGACUAACCGCUGCGCGCAGCGCAACUACGUCGCAGAGCACGGAAUAAUCUGGCAGCCGCGCUUCGAGGCUGACGAACAACUGCAAAGGCCGCCCCCCGCCUGCUGCGAAUGCGCAUAGAUGUGAAAAUAAUCACAGAAUUCCAGAUGUGACCACCCAGCAAAUCGUGACUGCAUUAACUUCCUAUCCCAAAAAUAUGAGCAGAUAGGUCACGGAGCUCAUUCUAUCCCCUCCGGAGGCCUUCCACCUGUUAAAUCCCCCUUUUUCCCCUUCUGUGCCCCCCACUAUACACACACACAGAGUGAAGUCAGCUGGGAUGAAGGGGGCCCUUGUCUCCGCCAAGCAUUGUUCCCUGCGGAGUUUGCCAAGCUUGUGCAAGUUGGGGAUUUUUCUUAUCCGGGACUCUUUCGGAGAAGAUGGCGAACGUGGCGUCUCUGCGCUGGAUUAUGGCGGCGUGCAUGUUUUGCUCAGUGUCAGGUGACGGCUGCUCCCUGAUCCUCAAGCCCGCCAGGGCGGUGGUGGGCUUCGGGGAGCCGGUGUCCGUCAGCUGCGAGGCCGCCCGGCCUGUGCGCGUGCUGGGCUGGGAGUCGGCCAUCAGCGCCGCGCACACGCAGCGCGGCCCGAGCGUCCAGUGGAAGGUGGACAGCCUCAUCGACUGGAUCGAGGAGCCCAUCUGCUACGGCGUCUUCUUCACUUCGCCGCGCCAGUGCGAGGAGAAGCUCAACCUCGUCCUCUACAAAAGCCCGGACAGCGUCACCAUCAAGGUGGUAAAUCACACCGGGCCGAUGGUGGCGGGAAAGGAGUACCAGCUGCUGUGUGAGGUCCAGAACGUCGCUCCCGUUCAGUACCUCAAUUUGAGGUGGUACAAGGAGCGCAGCGAGGUGUACAACCGCACCUUCAUCGACCUCACUUCUCCGUCGCCGGUGCAAAUCUCCUCCGUCCUCGUCAUCACGCCCUCCGAGGCCGACGACGGCGCUCGGUACAGUUGCGUGGCCGAGCUGGAACUCGGACCGGAGGGACCGCGACCGCCCCCGAGCGUCACCUCGGAGCCGCUGAGAGCAUCUGUGUACUUUCCUCCGACGUUCCAAAGUCCCGACGCAGUAACCGUGGACGUUGCAGACGGCGGCGAAACGAUGCUAAACUGCACCGCCGCGGGGAACCCGCCGCCCGUCUACAGCUGGCAACCCGAGCUCGACCCGAGGCGGGGGGAGGCCCGAGAAGCCGUGCUGGCCUCCUCCUCGCUGCUGCCCGGAAUCUACACCUGCACUGCGUCCAACGCGCUAGGGAAGAAGACCAAGCAGUUCGCUGUCAAAGCCAAGAGCAAAGCUGGACGGGAGGUGUGAAACCACCACCAGUGAUGAUUUUCACGACACAUCCAGUAUUUAUACUUAGUUUGCCACGUUGCUAACAUUAAUAACUGUGUAGUAACACGAUAUUUACAGAAUUUCCUCAACUAGUCACGGAUGUCAGUAGCUGUGUCGCAUAAAAUAUGAAUUCAACGCGGGGAUUUAUCCAGCCGUCCGUUUUCUUUAUUGCGCGUUGUCAAAAGGGUGAGCUGGAGUUGACCGAAACUGAUUUGGGGCCAGAAGCGGGUCGCGCUUUGGACUCGUCGCCAGCCAAUGGCGGGACACGUACGGGCAACACUCGCAUGGACUCCUGUGGACCAUUUCGAGUGUGCGGUUCACGUAAUGUGUAUGUUUGUCAAAUGUGGGAGGAGCCAGGACAACAUUUAAACUCCAAACACACAGGAAGGCCGGAGUUUCAUACCCAGAACCUCAGCGCUGUGAGGCAGGUGUACUAACCACUUCUACCAUGUAUUUAUUCAAUCAUAGAUUGUGUCCGGAAAAAAUGAUGACUCUGGAGUGACGGAUUUUUAAAAAUGGAUUGUGAUUAUAUUUUCCUCUAUAUGAUUUGAAUAAUAAUACUAAUAACAACAGAAUACAGUGGGGCAUUGAAAUGCAAAAUACCGCCCUAAAGUCUGUUAGCUCAAUGCUAACGUAUAAUGGGAAACUCCAUGGACGGGCUAACGGCUGGCAUUCAUGUUGCGGUGUUACUUUCAGCAAAUGAUGUUUGAACACAAACGGUGCAGUAAUACAUCUGGACACACAACAUAAUAUUCACAGGCAUUUAUUCUUUAUCAUCUGAAGAGAAAAAUACUAUGAAUUUACAUUCACACUAGUUGAGUGAAUCUCUUUACAUAUUAAAGAUUUUUAUUGUAUAUUUUUUUCAGAACAGAUUAGUGGCAUUUCAGUUCAUAUCAGUGGGGAAAGAUGAUUGACACACAUUUUCAGUUCCAAUCGUGGGGACAGAAUGAAGUAAAGUCACAUCUCAAGGCUCCGCUGUACAUUGUUGAUCCUCUCAUCAUAAAAAAUGGAUCUAUAAAAAAAUGCAUCUAAAGGCCUACCGACUAACCACCAAUCAGAUCACUACAUGAGGGGAUUGCAGUCAUUGUGUAAUAUUUUGUUACUUCAUUUUCAUAUUGAUAAAAUCAGCAUGUAACUUUUUACGUUAUUUGUUUUCAAAAGAAAUUAUUUUUAGAAAUGUAUGCUCAGUAUGAAAACCUUAAAAAUGAGGAAAUGUUUGCCACUGUAAAUUCUGCUUCGUUUGUGAAUUAAUAACGUGAUUGUUAGUGUAAUCCUGAAGAAUCUAUGAACAGUUGUCUCUGGGGAAAACACUGAUGCUUCUUUUAUUAAAAAAAAGAAAAUUAAAUCAAGAAAUGUGUGCUUUCUUUACAGUUUCAUAACCUUCCACUAAUUUAAAAAAAAUUAUUUUUGUAAAUAUGGUCUUUACACAAGAAUUAAAUGCUGUUUCUCUAAUAACAAAUGAAAAUAUAAAAAGUAGAAUGUAUGGAUGCGUAUGAUUUCAUAUGAAUAUUAAAUGUAUUCACAUAACUUAUAAUUCAACUCCCAUUAAAAAUUAACGUGGCUCCUGCCUGCCAUUCCAUCAAUAGUCAACAUGUGUCGCUGUGACCAUUUUAAAGAUGAUUCUAUUGGUCUGCUGUGCCUCACGUGAUCACAACAAUACAAAUAAAUACGGAAGUCGCCGGACGUCGCUUGACAUUAAGCGCUCGCUUCUCAGCAAUGCCGGCAAAAGACCCUUGUCAAAAACAAGCUUGCGCUAUCCAAACGUGUUUACAAGGUAUAUUACGGUCAAAAACGUCUUAAUAGGAUGCUAACAAGUACGUGGCGAGCAGGUGCGCGGAUGUGAUCGAUGACAUGCGGCGUUGCUGCCAGACGCAUGGCGCAAACUCCAUCUGCUGCGCCGGUUUUAAGGACCCCAAACACACGGAGAGGAAACCCAGCACGUAGCCU